AUGAAUGGAGUAAAUGAAACUCCUUCUAUCAACAACAACAACAACAGUACAAUAACUGCUAUAAAUAAGAGGAUGAAUCCCCUUUAUUGUGUUCUUUGUCCUCGUGGAAUUGAGGAUGUGGUAAUGUUUGAUCUGGAGAAGAUAGCACCACCCAUACGAAUUCAUUGGAAAUCUAAAAUUUCACCCAAGCAACUCUUACCAGGGUUAUCUCCAUGCUCAAGUGAAAUGAAUACUUCACAAUAUCCUGAAGAAACUGAGAAGAGCCAUGAUGAGCAUCAUGGUAUACCUGAAUAUUCUGAUCAAGGGAUACUACGAGGAGGUUUUUUCUUUACUUUAAGUUCAUCAAAUAAUGAGAAUAUUCCAGCUUCUAUUGAGGAUACGGAAAUAUUUUUGGACAAGGCAAGUCGUGUACGUUCGGUAGAACUUUUGUUAUUACAUCUCAUGAGUGCUCCAUGUACAGAAAGUCCUGAAGAACUGAAUGAACCCCUAAUACAUGUUAAAGAAGAUAUUAGUACUGCAGUAAUUGAACAUUUAAGUGCAUUGCGUACUGCUGCUGCAGGACGAAGCCAUCUCUUGUCAGGAUAUCAAGGGCCUUGGUUUCAUUCACCUCUUACAAAUUCUACCGUUAUGUUUCGAGUAAACUGUGUUCGUAGAGAAAGUGGUGUUACUUCUCCCUUCAGUUCACAGCAACUCGCAGCUUAUAUUGGUGAAUCCAUAUUUGAACAAUUUGACACGACUGGUUGGAGAGUAAAUAUGCUCUACUACAAUGUGGAGUUCUUCGCCCUUCACGAUGUUGGUCAUGUUCAUCUUGGUUUAGUGUUAACUCCACCGGCCCUUCCCCGUGUGGGGGCGGCGAUGCACUACACAGCUCAACUCGGUAUGGAAUUGCUGCGGCAGCGUAUUGGUAAUCUUCUCCUACACAAUAAUAAUAAUAAUCAUCAUCAUCAUCAAAACAACAACAAUAGCAAUAAGGAUAUGAUUGAUUUGAGUGUAGCGGUGCGGGCUGCCAUUCCCCGUCCCGGUGCUGUUCGCCAUGAACUGCGGGUGUUGAAGGGCGAGAAUGCCAUGCGGCCGGCUGUCGCUGCGGCCCUUUGCCGCUACGCUGCGGUGGGCGCCGGCGCCGUUCUCGUCGACCCCUUCGUUGGCAGCGGCACACUUCUGCUGGAGGGGUGGGCGGCCGCGGGGUUCGCGCCAGUGAGCGCGUGGGGUGGCGACUGCGGCCCCGCCAACGCGGCGAAGACACACCGCAACGUGCAGCCGGACGUGAUGUUUCUCGCCGCCGUGAAUGGACUGCUGGCAGACAAGCGGCAGGACUGUUUGAGAGGAGAAGUCGCAGUGCAAUGCAGGGCGUUACUGCAGGCGUUGGAGACAUACGUAGAGGCGAUGCCACACCCAUGCGCCGCACACGCAUCGGGGGAGUACCCACCACAAAUAAAAUGUGUAGAGGCAGAGAAGGCAGCUGAGAAACUGCAGCAACUACUCGCUUCACAUUAUAAUUUAAAUGCACAGGCUUUCCAUUGGGAUGCAACGCGACUACCAUUACGAAAUAACUCUGUAGAUUGUAUCAUUUCAGACCUUCCAUUUGGUAGGAGAUGUGGAAGCCAUAAGGUUAAUACAAAACUAUAUCCAAUGAUGAUUCGAGAGUCCUAUCGUAUUCUUCGCACAUCACGCAUCAGAAACAAUAAAAAAGAAGAAAACGGUGAUCAACAUCAUUUUAAGAGUUUAAAUUUUGACCAAAAGAAGUAUUGGUGGGUAUCUGAUACUAUGGAACACUGUGGUCGUGCGGUAUUAUUGACAAUUGAAGGAAAACUUAUGAUGGAUGUUCUUGAGAAUCUUCGACACGAGUGUCCAUUUAAGUUACUACACCCACCAUUUGCUGUAGAUAUGGGCGGAUUGUAUCCCUACGUGUUUGUUUUAGAAAAAGAGUAA